CGGUGACGGGUACUGUGGAAAGCCACCGGCCUCUUCUUUGUCGGCGUGAGGGGAAAAGCUCGGCCAUCAGUCCUGUAGCGGGGCCUUGGUGCUGUGAUGAUCUUCCUCCGGCAACUGGUGCUGAGCUUGCCCGAGCUGCCUGGCCGGAACUUGCUUCAAUUCGAGUUCGAGCUCCAAUUUCUGGCAGACACUCCCUUCUCCCGCAGGUUGCUAAAAGCGCUUGCCUUACACACCCAAACCAGAAGUGUUGCGCCACGUUUGACGUGCGAUUCAGAGGGAGAGGGGAUAGGUCAUUUAGCAAAGAGUCUAGUAUUUACCCUUGACGCCUCAUGGUGCGCUGCGCCAGCCAGGCCCGCCGCCUUUCAGAAGCAACUCCACUGAGGCCCCUACUCUGGUAGUCAUGCCGCUAGCAGUGAGGGGUUUUCCCAAGCGGACUACUUCAUCUGCUCGGCCUGCCACUACCCCACCUUCCGUCCUGGAGGUUGACUUCUCGGACAGUCGCAUGCCGGGCCUUGUUGAAAGUCCCAUGGCUUCCGAGGCCGACAACUACUCAUGGCCGCAGAAGUCGCUAAAAGUACAGAAAAAGGAGCAGAUCAGGCGGGAGCUGGAGCGGCUUCAGCAGCAGAGGGUAGCGCUGGAGGCAAAGGAAAGGGCGGUGGAGCUGCAGGAGAGCGGGGGGCUGAAGCGGAAGAGACUAGAUGAGUUGACAGAUGUUGUUGGGAGCCCGGUGCCGGGGCCUCGCAAGAUCCCGAAGCUGAAGAUCAAGCAGCAGGGACAGCUUGUGAGAUCAGCGGAGUUCAUUGACGGGAGGAUAGGGGAUAAGAGGACGGUGGGAAAGGGUCCCCUUUCCCUGGCAACCCAAAGUUUCCACCGCGGCCCUCCUCAGCCGGUCUACCUGGAGCGCCCGGCAGCCGCAGUGAGAGAGGCCGCUGAACCAUCUGGGCGGGGGCAGCCCCCUCUUGUAAUGCCCCUUCAACCACAGCACUCCCUGAAAUCCCCUAAGGCAAAAACCCUCCUUUUCGAGCCCGUAAGCAUCCCCGGCACUUGGGAGCUGUUAGAGCAGUGCAAGCAGGUGAUGCAGCACCUAUCAAAGAAUAAAAACGCAGGGGCGUUUAGGCAACCUGUAGAUGUGGUCGGGCUAGGGUUACCAAACUACUAUGACAAGGUUAAGGAGCCAAUGGAUUUGUCGCUAGUCAGAGACCGUCUCACCAGGGGCUAUUACACCACACCCGCUCAGUUUGCGAGAGAUGUGCGCCUGAUCUGGUCAAACUGCAAGCUUUUCAAUCCGGCAGAGUCAUCCUUUGCCCAGAUGGCAGAUAAGAUGAGCCAGAGUUUUGAGUCAAAGUUUGCACCAAUAGAGCGGCAGAUGCGGGAUCUUGGGUUGACGAGUGUGGAAGAGGAGGACGAGCGAGUGGCCCAGGAGAAGGCAAUCAUGGAAGCAGAGAGGCGGGCAAAGAUGCUUGAGGACCAGCAGAAAGCAGUUGCCCGAUACUGGGAGCUGCAGCAGCAGCAGAAGGAUAAUGAGAUCAAAUCGGCACACCGCGCCCAGGAGCGGGCUCAGCAACGUGCCGCGGCAGCAGCGGCGGCGGCAGCGUUAGCAGAGCAGGCCCGGUUGGCUAAGGAGAGUGGCGAGCUAGAAUCGCAGGCUGAGCCUGAACCAGCUUCUCGUGUUAAGCGGGAGGCCUCAAAGCGAGCAAACGAGAUGGUCCACCGGUUUAUCGCGGACCAGAAAGGACCAAUGCCCAAGCUAGAGGCGCCCUCCCGUCGGCACAAAAAAAAGAAGCAGAAGAAGGAGCGGGAAGACGACGCUGAGCGUACGCCUAAGGAGCCCAAAACGCCGAAGGAGCCCAAAACGCCGAAGGAACCCAAACCCAAACGGGAGAAGCAGCCAAAGCGGGAGCGGGCAGAGGGGGGGGGCGUCAACAAGUCGGGGAUGACGUAUGCUGAGCGGAGCCAGCUGCCGAUGACGACAGGGGAGAAGCAGAAGCUGGCGGCGGACAUCCAGAAGCUGCCGGAGGAGAAGAUGGAGGCGGUGGUGGACAUUGUGCAGAAGUACAUGAACGAGGGCGAGGAGGACAUGGUCCUCGACGUCAACGCCAUGGACCACGCCACGCUCUGGGAGCUGCGCCGCUUCGUGUCCAACUUCCUCAAGUCGCGGACCAAGUGGCUCCGCCGCAUGGAGAGGCGCGAGAGGGAGGGCUACACGCCUCGGCCUCGUGCACCCCGGCCGCCAAAGCCUGCCAAGGAAGGGCAGGACGGGAAGGACGGCUCUGGAUCCGAAAGCGGGAGCGAUUCGGAGUCUGGCUCGGGCUCCGGAUCUGGCUCGGGGUCUGGAUCGGACUCUGAUUCGGACAGCGCGUCCAGCUCGGGGUCAGAUUCGGGGUCGGGGUCUGGGUCGGACUCGGACAUUGACGUCGGGGAUGAGCAUGCGCAGAGCGAGGUGGGCCCAGUCAAGGCGGAGGGCAAGCACGGGGAGAACGGAGUAGCAGCCUCGGACGGGACAAGCAGGGCUCCAGAAGGCGAAGGGGACGAAGGCGGGGGUGAAGCGACGAGUGCGGUUGCCGGGGACGGGGACACUCCGGGCGAGUAGGCUCAAGCCGGGAAAAGGCUGACUAACUUCUGCACACGUGGGAAUUGCAUUCGUGGAUUGUUGCUAGGGUGUGGGGCCUUAAGCGCCAACCUGGUUGUCUGGUUCGAUAGGCAGCCUCAGACGCUGCAGUGAAGGGAGCAUCGGCCGUUCUUGUGCGCCGUGGGCCCAGGAGGUAUCUUUGUGUCGACUCUUGAUUCAGGUUUUCAGUGCCGAUCAAACAGUGUUAGUACAGAUUAUAGUCACCGUUGAGGUCGCUCCGGCAUAUUUCUGCGAGACGAAAAAGUAAAAAUGGGGAUCGCUAUUCAUACCGUCGAUUCUUGCGGAAUUUUCUUAGCCAAUGCACCUUUUGCAC